UCUUCUCUUGAUUACUUAGUCUGUCAAAAAUCUUUACUUGUUUUCGUUUUCUUAUGUGUACCUUUUACAAAUUCAGAUUUGUUUUGAUUGAUUUCUUAGUUUUUCAUUUUCGUUUUCGAUUUAGUAUCUUCAAAACUGAGAGUCAGAUUUUCAUUUUCGUUUUUCUUUGUUGAUUUUGAUUUACAGACUCAGAUCUUGAUGUGAAUCUUCUUGUUGAUUUUGAUUAACAGACUCAGAUUGAGAUACUAUGGAAGAUUUACAAAAAGUGCUAAAUGUGGAAGAUUCACCAAAAACUUCCAACAAUGAAAAAGAAUUGUCAGAAGGGACUCAAACUCCAAGAACUAUUACACAAGUUACCCCAAAUGGUUCAACCCUGUGGAUUCCUCAUUGUGAGUUUGAUAAAAAGCCAUUUGUUGGUAUGGCUUUUGAAAACUUAGAGAAAGCCUUAGAUUUUUAUGGUAAAUAUGCUGAAAUUUGCGGUUUUGAUAUACGUUCAUCUACUACCUACAAAAAAAAGGGUAUUGUUUUUUUAAAAUAUUUUGUUUGUAGUAGGGAGGGUAUCAUAAAACCUAACCCUAAGAAAAGUGCAGAUGUUGUUGCACGUUAUAAGAGAUCAACCAAAAGAAUUGGUUGUAAAGCUAGAUUGAUUUUGAAAUAUGACAUAGCGAAGAGAACAUACCAUGUUUUAAAAUUCGAAGAGGCGCACAAUCAUUGUCUAGUUAGCCCUACAUCGCGUCAAUUUUUAUUGGGUAAUAGGAAAAUGACUUUGUUGCACAAAAAUUUCAUAUCUAAGAAUGCACGGGUUAAUAUAGGACCGGUCAAAUCCUUUAGAUUGUUUAAGGAAAAUGUCGGGAGUUAUGAGAAUGUGGGAGUGACAAUGCAAGAUUUUAAGAAUUUCCAUAGGGAUUUGAAAGCAUAUAUCAAAGGAGAUGAUGGGAAGAUGUUGAUCGAGAAUUUUAUCAGAAAAAGAGAUAUUUACACGGGGUUUUAUUUUGAUUAUGCUUUAGAUGAGGAGGACCACAUAUCACGUUUAUUUUGGGCCGAUGCGAUAAGUAGAAAGAAUUAUUGUUUAUUUGGAGAAAUGGUUACUUUUGAUUGUACUUAUAACACCAAUAAGUAUAGCAUGGUUUUAGCCCCUUUUACCGGAGUAGAUCAUCAUAAGUCUUGUAUUACAUUUGGUAUAGGUUUAUUAGCUAAGGAAGAUAGUGAAUCUUUUGAGUGGUUAUUUAGAACUUUUUUACAUUGUAUGGGGGAGUGUAUGCCAACAUAUUUGAUAACUGAUCAAGACCCUGCAAUGAAAAUUGCGAUUAAAAAUGUAUUUCCACACACAAUACACAAACUUUGCAUGUGGCACAUCAUGAGUAAAGUGACUGAUAAAGUUGGACCGGAAUUGAACAAAAAUGAAGAUUUUUUGAAAGAAUUAAAUGGGUGUGUGUGGAAUAUUGAUCAAGAAGAAGAUGAAUUUGAAGAAAAAUGGGAGGGAAUUAUGACCAAAUACAAUCUUCAAACAGAUAAAUGGUUUACUAGUAUAUUUAGUAUACGAGAUCAAUGGAUACCCGCAUAUUUUAGGGAUAUCCCAUUGGGGGGGAUUUUGAGAACUACAUCCCGAUCGGAAAGUGUUAAUAGUUUCUUCAACCACUUUUCAAACCCUCACAUGACACUUGUUGAAUUUUAUAUGAGUUAUGAAAGUGCAAUGGAUGCACAGAGUACAAACAAGAUAAGCUCAAUGCUGAAUCACUUCACACAAACCCACAAUAUAAAACACCAUUGCCGAUUGAAAAACAUGCCGGUGAAUAUUGAAAAGAAUGAAAGUGUGGAAAGUAUAACUGUUUUGGACUCAACGGUAAGUAAGAUGUACAAGGUGAAUUUUAUACUGGGAAGUUCGAUUGACGAGUUGAAGGUAGAUUGUGAUUGCAAGUUAUUUAAACGGAUAGGAAUAUUAUGUUCCCAUGCGAUUUGUGUUAUGAGUGCAAGACAAAUAACACAAAUACCAAAGCAAUAUGUUUUAGAUCGUUGGACGAAGCUAGCAUUAAAGAAGCCUAUUUUUGAUUUGCAUGGGAAUCUGAUUGAAGAGAGCAAAAAGUGUAACAACGUGGGGAAGUUGUUGGGGGAAGUUUGGUGUGAAAUAUUCAAUUGUGUAGGUUUAGCUCAACGGAGUGAGAGUGAUUUACAAUCACUUUUACAAAACCUAAAAGAUAUUAGUAGAAAAUUGGAGGAAAGUGAUGAUGUGAGGGUGGACAUUACUAAAGAGCAACAAAUCGAAUUGUUAGUAGGCACAAGUUCAUCUUCGACAAUGGAAAUACAAAACCCAAUCCAAUCAAAGAACAAAGGAAAAAGUCGAAAUUGCCCAUCAACAAAAGAUACCCCACUUAAGCUACUGUCUUCUGUACAUUUGACUGGUUAUGCACACGGAUGUUCUGCUGGAUUCAUAGCAUCCUCCUUACUAGUGGAUGCACAAAGGUUUAGGAACAUCAGCUGUUACUGCAAUUUUAGGAUUCCUACAUGCUGCUAA